AAGCCCCCUCCCACCCCCCGGGGCGGCUGCUACUGCUGGGGAGGCCCCGGCUCCCAGUCUCCGGGUUCUCGGCCUAGGGGAGACCGGGUGACGUGACGCCAGCCCCUGACACACGGGCACGGUAGGCGAGCAGGGGUGUUGCUGCCGCCUCCUCCCCGUGUGCGCCAGGGGGCUGGACCCUGCCACCUCCGCUCCGCUCCUCUGGCGACAGCGACCUGGCAGCGGCGACUCGGGGCCGAGCGGACUGAAAUGGAGCAGUUUGAAUCGGUCCUUGGCGAAUGAGCUGUCGGCGUUACACCAACAGCAUCCCCUCCCCCGCAGGAGCCUGCACUUUCAGUUUCAUGGGUAUUUACUCGCCCCCUUCCCCGCUCGGCGUUGCGUGGAACUCCUCGGGGACGCGUCACUCAGGCAGAGGGUUUGUAGUCACAUUUGCCUUUCUUCGUGGCUCAUCUCUGAUUAGCAGUACAAAAAACCUGGUGUUCUGGAUACAUGCUACUUGGAUACAGAAUUUAAGCCUCUGAUACCUUAGGUUUUCAGCAUUACUGUCUUUGGGAUCACUAACAACUUUCAAAGAUCCUUCAGGGAAUGCACCAUGACAUCAGCAGUGGUUGACAGUGGAGGUUCUGGCCUGGAGUUUGACAACAGUGAAGUAGAAAAUCAAGAGGAAAAUAAAUCAGUCUCUGAAUACCCAGCAGUGAUUGUGGAACCAGUUCCUAGUGCGAGAUUAGAACAGGGUUAUGCUGCUCAAGUCCUGGUUUAUGAUGAUGAAACUUACCUGAUGCAAGAUGUAGCAGAGGAACAAGAAAUUGAGACUGAAACUGUGGAAACAGUGGAAGCAUCAGUUCAUGGCAGCAAUGUGCACUGCACAGAUAAAACAAUUGAAGCUGCAGAGGCUUUGCUUCAUAUGGAGUCUCCUACCUGCUUGAGAGAUGCCAGGAGUCCUGUGGAAGUUUUUGUCCCUCCUUGUGUGUCAACCCCAGAGUUUAUCCAUGCUGCUAUGAGGCCGGAUGUGAUAACAGAGACUGUAGUGGAGGUGUCAACCGAGGAGUCUGAACCAAUGGAUAUGUCUCCUGUUCCAACAUCCCCUGAUAUCCGUGAACCAAUGAAAAAGAAAAAAGCUGGCCGUAAACCAAAGACCCAACAGUCAGCCAUUUCCAAUGGUUCUCCAGAUUUAGGUAUAAAGAAGAAACCGAGAGAAGGCAAAGGAAAUACAACAUAUUUGUGGGAGUUCCUUCUGGAUCUUCUUCAGGACAAAAAUACUUGUCCUCGAUACAUUAAGUGGACUCAGCGAGAGAAGGGCAUCUUUAAACUUGUGGACUCCAAAGCGGUCUCCAAAUUAUGGGGAAAGCACAAGAACAAACCUGACAUGAACUAUGAGACGAUGGGAAGGGCCCUGAGAUAUUACUAUCAAAGGGGAAUUCUCGCAAAGGUUGAGGGGCAAAGGCUGGUAUAUCAGUUUAAGGAGAUGCCAAAAAACAUAGUGGUCAUAGAUGAUGACAAAAGUGAAUCUUGCAGUGAAGAUUUAGCAAUGCCUACAGAUGAGAAGUCACUGGAACGAGUGUCAUUGUCUGCAGAAAGCCUCUUGAAAGCAGCAGCAUCUGCACGUGGUGGAAAAAAUUCUUCUCCGUUAAAUUGUACAAGAGCAGAGAAGGCAGUUACCCGAGUUGUGAAUAUUGCCUCUCCAGGGCAUGAUACGUCAUCUCGUCCUCCCACCACCACUACAACUGUUCCAGCAACAGCAGCUCCCAGGACUGUUCGUGUGGCGAUGCAAGUGCCUGUCGUAAUGACUUCUCUGGGGCAGAAAAUUUCAACUGUGGCAGUACAGUCAGUAAAUGCAGGGUCACCAUUAAUAACCAGCACAAGUCCAACAACGGCAACGACUCCAAAGGUAGUAAUCCAGACAAUCCCUACCGUGAUGCCAGCAUCUGCUGAAAAUGGAGAUAAAAUCACAAUGCAGCCUGCCAAAAUCAUUACUAUCCCUGCUACACAACUCGCACAGUGUCAGUUGCAGACAAAAACAGGCCUGACUGGAUCAGGAAGUAUUAACAUCGUUGGAACCCCAUUGGCUGUGAGAGCACUUACCCCUGUGUCUAUAGCUCAUGGGACACCAGUAAUGAGACUAUCAAUGCCUGCCCAGCAGGCAUCUGGCCAGACUCCUCCCAGAGUUAUUAGUGCAGUCAUAAAAGGGCCAGAGGUGAAACCAGAUACAGUGGCUUUAAAACAGGAACGUGAAAUGAAAACACUGCAACUUGUACAAGAAGAAAAGCCAGCAGAUGGAAGCAAGACUGUGACGCAUGUUGUAGUAGUUAGUACGCCCUCGGCCAUUGCCCUUCCUCUAACAAUGAAAACAGAAGGAAUAGUAACAUGUGAGAAAUGAAGAAUAGGCAGUUACCAACAUGGAUUUUCCUGACUUUUAUUGAUUGAGCAUUCUGACAGACUUGGGGUGGGGUGGGGAGGGGGAAUGGACUUGAUCAAGAAGGCAAAAAUGAGAGUUUAAAAAUGUAAACAUACAUGCGUAUAUCAGAGACUUACUGGAAAUUAACUAACUGUCCCAUGUUUCAGUGGGAAUUGAACCACACAUUCAUAUAUGCUGACAGAAAACUGCCUCUUUCAGUUGGGAAACAACUGAACCUAUGAAGAAGGAAAAUUAUAGGGACUGGACUGAAAGGGACCAAACAGUUCACUACGAUAUCAAGUUACACUAAGACCUGGAACACUAAAAUGAGUUCUGUGAGAGGCUUGUCUUGGUUUAAUUUUCAGGGGGAGAAGAGUCUCAUUGUUACAAAUGGCAAAUCUGAUGCAUUUUUGUAUGCAUACCAGCAAUUACUACUGUGUGCGCACAGUACUCAACUGGUGCUAUGUGAAAAACUCUGCUACUAGGUAUACUAGAAUGUGAAUUAAAGGAGAGGAUUAAGAGCUUCUAAAAGAAGACAAAGAGACCUAGAGGGAUUUUGUAUCAUAUAGCUUAAGCAGAUUUAAAAUGAAAGCCUUAGACUGAUUUUCAGUUAUCUUUCUUGAAAUAAGCUAAUGGCUUGUUUGUGUAAAGCUUUUUUAUUAAAACAAACUUUUUUAAAAAUCUUGUACCUAGCACAGUAUUGUUAUAGAAUUACAUGUAACAUAUUUUGUAUGGUAGUUAAAGUCUGUCUAAAUUUCUUAAUUGUGGACAAAAUAGCAGCAGGCUUUUGGCCUUUUGCUCUAACAUGCCUGUGUCACUCACUUAGCCUUGACAUCUGUGCAUACAUUUCAGUUUCAGCUCCACUCUGUCACUUGAAAGGUCACGCUCAGCAUGAAUUUUUGUCAGGUAGUUCUAAACCUGUACAGUUUCUUAGUUGAAGUUAAGAGGGAAGUACCAGUGUUCAGAAUGAACUAUAAUAGUUUGUAUAUUCAACAUUUGAAGUAUAUUCUAUUUUGUUGUACUCUUGUUUCAAAGUGUAUUCAAGUAGGUUUUACUGAAAUAUAGAAAUGAAAUUUAA